AUGCUCAAAAAUCGGAUCUCCAAGAGUCCCCAAAAGAUGGGCACCAACCUUCCUCAAAUAGCCUUCCAAAUGGAUUUCCGAAAUUACCCCUGCAGGGCCUUGCGCGACCCGCGUGCUGUUGCGCGGGCUCAUGUGAGAGGCUAUCAGGCAAGGAAGAAUUAUGAAACAAUUUGUUGGGCAGUUGGGAUAGUGGAGAAGAUUGUGUUGAGGUGGUACAGGAAAGGAGUGGGUUUAAGGGGAUUUCAUGUGGAUUCGAUUAUUGGUGAAGAUGAAGAAGAAGAAGACUUUGUGAAGGCACUUAGGAAGCAGAAAGUGGAUGCGGCUCUAACUGAAGCUGUCUCCAGGGUGCUUUCUAUGGUCCAAUCUCAGCCAGCAAGGCAGCAAUACCAACGUAUGCUUCACAAAUAUCGCCUAGCCAAGGCGCAACGAGGAGAUUUGCAAAGUGAAGGAGCCUCAAUGUCUGAAGGUGGUAUGAAUGAAUUUAUGUAGAGGGAAUUACAAUGGUUAAUUAGUUGAUAGUGUUGGGUGU